GCUAGUGGAAAAACUAAUGAUGAAUCCGACAAGUCAAAAUCAAAAGUGAAUGAUGAGGAUAAGGAAGAUGAGAGUGAUAAGGAUGAUGAUGAAUGCUCUGUCAUUGGGGACAAGCGCGAGAUUGGGUUCAUCGAUUUUGAGGAUGACAAAUGUCCUAUAAGAAAUGACCGCUUGGAAGUCACAACUCGGAAGAGGAAGACUAGCGAUGAUGAAGACCCAAGAGGAAGAUUGGAUUACCAAAAUUUAACUAUU